UAAUCCAAAAAAAAAGUGAAACGUCGGUUCGGUGGGAUUUGGGAUGUUUCUCUGUUAUAUUUUGAUGUAAUUUUAUGAAACGCUUAUGUUAUUAUUGUGUUUAAGACAUUGUUAAUGAUGGAAGAAGAAGAUCCUGUAGUUCAAGAGAUCCCAGUGUAUUUAUCUCAGGCCUUGGCUAGUAACUUAUACAUAUAUCAGUACCCAGUGAGGCCGGCGAACAGAGAAUGGAAGGAUGUGAACGUGGUCAAUGCGUUUAUUAAGCCUAAUAAUCAGUUGGUAAGGUUGGAAGUUGGGUUGGAUACCUACAGCGAUAAAUACUGCUCGUCUAAAGGCGAGCAGAUAGCUAUUAACACCGAUGGCCAACAGGAAUCCAGGUACAUUAAAGACAAGGAGCGGGAGAAGGCUCAGUACUUCAACGAUGGGAUUAUGGACAAGAUGGUGUUUGAGAGCAGCUCACCCUGUGUGGACACACAGCACUAUGCGGUGGCCAUUUUACAGGACAAAGAGCUGCAUUGCACACCAAUUAAAGGGAUUGUGCAAAUGAGACCAUCUUGCUCUUAUUAUGACAGACAAGACAAGCGGAAACAUGAUAAAAACAAGGCUGAAAACUCCGACGAUGAAGACAAAGAGCCUGAGGCGCAACAGGUGACAGUGAAAUUCGCCCGACAAGAAACAGACGUAGCAAAGAAGGCGCGAGAGAAAUCGUACGAGUCGAUAUCACAGCGCAUCGCCGAGGAGCCCUGGUACCACGGACUAUGGAAGCAUGCGGACACUGACUAUGCGGAUCUGGAGCGCCUGAAGCUAUUCAGCGCAACCCCAGGACAGGGGUCAGCACUGUCGCUCCGCGGCCGAGAAUAUGUACGAGCGUUGGUGCCUCCUCCGCCGGCUGAUGAAGCCCAAGCGACUCCCAAGCGACUUGACCCAGUCGAGCAACUGGCUGAUAUACUUAACAAUGCUAAACUCAUGACAUUCGACGACCUCCGUUCCCUGAUUCGCACGGAUUCCGGACCUCUCAGUGAAUCUGCACUACUCUCCCUGCUAAGUGGGCAUGCAUGCUGUGUACGAGGGCUGUGGACAGCAAGAUCCUCGGCGCUCGGAGCUGGGGCCACAGCAGCUUUAUGGCGAGCUGCUAGGGAUCAUGUGUUAUACCUGUUCACCCAGCACUCGUACAUCGACCGGCGGAAGGUGGCGGCGGCCGUGCGCCUGCCGCCGCAGGACGUGCUGGACAUCAUCCGCUCCGUCGCCAAGUUCAACCCCAAGACCGGCUGGGAGCUCCAUCCCCCCGACUCCGCCUUCGAGUCCAAACACCCCGAGCUCGUCCAGCGACAGAACCUCUACUGGGAGGCCCGCCAGAGGCUCUUCAACGAGAUGCUCAUAGGAGAGACUGUCCCCAAGCGACAACGCAAGAAGUCACAGCGAGACUCCGUCAGCUCCGAUAUCAUGAGCCCUAAACCCCGGACCAAUAGUGUGAGCGAAGAAGACGGAAAGAGAAAGAAGUCUACGGCCGGUGGCAAACGGACUAGGAAUGUGAGCUCGAGCAGUGUGCAGGAAACGUGAUUGUGUGUGUAGAUAGGUUAUCAAAUUGUGUGCUGAUGUUUGAAGGUGAGCUGGACUGGAUGCCGCUUAAAGGUAUGAAAUAUAUCUGUGUAUUUAAAAGUACAGUAGCCCCAUCGUUGAGUUUGAAUAUAGUUGCAUUAGUUUUAAUUGACACUAUGUAUGUAUAUUCUAUUAUUCAGUAAGGAUCAGAAUUGGGCUGAGGAAAAUACUUAGCACUUGACUGUGACUAGCCAAGUUGUGUGAUUUGUGAAAAGAUCUACAGUUAAGCCUGAUUUAGACGGCGUGCGAACUCGCAUGCAAUUUUAGUUAUAUUGCAGGCUGUUGAGGUUACAUACAAUUUUGCACAGCCAUCAAAUACCGCAAUGUAAUGUAUGCGAGUUCUUGUACCGUCUAAAUGGGCCCUUAACAAGUAAAUUUGCAUUUAAGCAAUAGUCUGGUUAUUGAAAGCUGUGUACAGGCCAUUGUGUUUUCACUUGGGCUCUUAAUUGCUCUAUAGCUGAAAUAACUAAGUGUUACCUAGGUGUAACCUGAGUGAAAAACAAAAUUGUGUUUUAUUAUGAGCAUGUUAUUGCACUUAUGGCAAAAUAAACCUAAAUUAAUAAUCA